GUCUUGGAGAUCUUAGGGAAAAAGUUUCCCAUUACAGAGAACUCAAAAGGCUACAAGUUGCUGCCACCGUAUCUCAGAGUUAUUCAAGGGGAUGGUGUGGAUAUCAACACAUUGCAAGAGAUUGUAGAGGGAAUGAAGAAGAACAGAUGGAGUAUUGAGAAUAUUGCCUUUGGAUCUGGUGGAGCUUUGUUGCAGAAACUAACGAGAGAUCUCUUAAACUGUUCCUUCAAAUGUAGUUACGUGGUUACCAACGGUCUCGGGGUAAAUGUCUUCAAGGAUCCAGUUGCGGAUCCAAACAAGAGGUCAAAGAAAGGCAGGCUGUCAUUGCAUAGGACACCUGCUGGAGAUUACGUGACGCUUGAGGAGGGCAAGGGAGAUCUGGAAGAGUAUGGACAGGAUCUCCUUCAUACAGUAUUUAAGAAUGGAAAGGUAACGAAGUCAUAUUCAUUUGAUGAAGUGAGACAAAAUGCCAGGCUGAAGAACAGUGAACUAGAAGUGGCGUCUCACUAAGUUUCAUUCCAUGUCUGUGUAUGUGUGUGUAACAAGUUCGUACUGCAUAGCUACUGGGUUUAUUGUACAGAUUUGUGUGUUUGUGUUUUACAACAUUGUAGCCAAAUUAUUUGUUGGUUUAUGGACAUACUGCCCUAUCUUUUGCCAGUCUUUAGAAAAGAUGAGAUCAGGAAAUGGUACUUACAUUGUAAAACGUAUUUAAUGCUAAAGUGUGCUUUUUAGGGCCCUUUGCCAGUAGUGAUUCAAUCUGGUAUUGAUCUUUUCACAAAUGAGACAGAGCUGAGAAACUUUUUUAUAUAUAACAGAAUAUCACAAAAUGGAUUUACAUAAAAUUAUCAUAAUUGCUUUAUGUUUAUAUUUAACUUGUAUUUUUGUACAAACAAGAUUGUGUAAAAUAUAUUUAAAGUUUCAAUAAUUAAGUCUUUCCAACUUUUCAUGAUUUUUAUGAGCACAGACUUUCAAGAAAAUAUUGGGGGGGGAAAUCCAUUGCCUUUUGUCCAUUAAUCAGCAAAUAAAACAUGGCCUUAAAGUUUGUUGUGACAUUGUACCAUUUGAUGACUAAAUUGGGACACGUAUGUCCUUAAGAUCCCAUAGAAUUGCUGACCUCACCGUUUCUUGUAGUUGUCUGUAUUAGUAAAUCUGCAUUGAAGAAAAUUGCUGUUCUUACUAGAAGGUUUAGGUACUACAGACCUUGCUGGCACGGUAAGGUAUGUAAAUGAAAUGCCAAAUUUGAAAGGAUUCUCUACUGCAACUUAACUUGCCAAGUCUAUCCCACUUGGCAUAUGCACCUCAAUAUUUUAAGAGUAAAGUUUUUACGAGAUCUCCUCUUCCACUAUAGAAUAUAUGUGUAAAAUACUGAAAUAUGGAAGCGGUGUAUUUUAAAGUAAUUACACUUCUGGGUUUAUUUUUCAUAUACUGUAAGUGACAUGACUUUAAAGCAAAAUACUGGACUGGGUAGUGCACUUUUUUACUUUUUUGUAUUUUUUUCAUUGAUUUGCCUUUUGUCAGACUGGAUGUUAAAUUGUAAAAAUGUUUAACUAUUUUUGUUAACAACUUUAAUAAAACUUUAUGCUAGCCAAACUCCUACAUGAAUGACAGACCUGUUUCCCCUCUCACCCCAUCUCAUUGGGGUGAGGAGGAGCUUUUAUUUUGCAGAGGGUAACUGUAAAAUAUGUUUGAGAGAUACUUUUGAACUGUCUGCACUCGACUGUAUUUGCUCUCUGCAUAUGCUUGAUUUGAAUAUCUGCUGGAAAACAAAACUCUUGAGGAUUUUAUUUGAGAAGCUAUGUAGUAACCUUUGAAGUGUUCGAUAGUACUGUAGGAUGGCACUCUCACUAGAAAAGUACCUCUUUUACUUCAAAACAACAGCAAAAGCAAAUGGCUCCUGUGUUAUGCUGGUGAUGAACUGUGAGCCAAUGGCUUCAUAUACCGAUGUAAUUAAUGCUUCUGAUUAGCGAACGAUGUUAGAGAAAAAUGUUAGGGGAUCCUCUAAAAUAAUUUAAUCCUACAAAAUUUUAUAAAAUGUGCUUUUAAAGGAAGAUUGAAAAGCCAUACUUCAUUGUUCUUACUCUCUCGCCAAAAAGGGCCGCAUCAGAACACCCAUAAUAUUUCCAGGGUUUGUAGUUAGGACGUUUAUGCCCAGUCUCAAUAGUCCUUGUUAAUAAAAACUUGUUUUCCACUUGUAGUGUAUGUAAUUAUACAUUUAAGUGAUGUAUUGUUUCAGAAAUAGUGCUUUAGUAAGACUCUAAAUGCUGACUUUUCACACUGAGGAACUGCCUUCCCUUUGCUAUUAAUGAUAUUGUUUGUAUUUGGCCAGGAAAGAUUUUAAAUCUGGACCUAGGAUCAGUAGCAGGUAAAUAGUACAGAGCCUAUUUCACUCCUUCACAUGUGUACUAGGGAAUUUUAUCAUGUAUGGUUUAAAAAACAAUAAAGUAAAUGCUGCUUUCAUUCUGUACCAAUAAAAAUUUUGAUAACUA